GGAAGUUGGGCUCACGGCCUGAUCACAAAAGAAAUGGCGAGCGGUAUCGGGAAACACAAGAUCCUGAAUGUGGGCCCAACAGAGCCCUGGUCAGUCAGGGAGAAACUAUGCCUGGCUUCUUCUGUUAUGAGGAGCGGUGACCAAAACUGGGUGUCUGUAAGUAGAGCCAUCAAGCCUUUUUCAGAAUCUGGUCGUCCACCUGACUGGUUCUCACAAAAGCACUGUGCCUCACAAUACUCUGAGCUGCUAGAAGCCACAGAAGCACCAAAGCGGAAACGUGGUGAGAAGGGUGAAGUGGUUGAGACCAUUGAAGAUGUCAUCGUUCGUAGGCUGACAGCGGAGAGAAUAGAGGAGCUGAAAAAAUUACUGCGAGACACACAGGAACAAUACAGGAAGUUAAAGAAGGAGGUGGAUCUGAUACAGACUGGACACAUGGACACCCAGCUAAAAGAGCUGUGGGCAGAGAUCACACUAAAGAAAAAACAGGAUGAAGAGGAAGCAGAGCAGAAGAGGAAAGCUACAGAAACAGCCUACCAGGCUCGUCAGGCUGCUAAAAACACCCCUAAACGUCUGCCCAGUGUAACUGUACGGUCCCCUUUGGGUGCUAGUCCACCCAACCUGGACUCUCAGGCUGACUCGUCAGUCCCCACACCACCCAUGGACCCUGGAGGCGUGGCCUCAGAUGACACCAGCACCCACUCUGUUGCCCAGGGGGUCGGAGUGUUUUUACCAGUGGCAGAGGCUCCGGGGCCUAAAGACGCAGGCCUGGCUGCACUCGUAGAUGAUUCACCCCAAAAAAGACUCCUAACCCAGAAGGCUACACCGCCGCCGUCACCUCUCCUGUCAGAACUCCUAAAAAAGGGCAAUCUGAUCUCAGCCAGCCCCCGCCUGGUUGCAGAUGGAGAUGCUACAGGAAGCCUUACCAAUGGAGUACAGACCUCUACCACAGCCACUGCCUUACCACCUGGUCAUGAGGUCAUCACAGAGGGUGAAGCAGAAGCUGCAGUGAAGGCAGAGCUUGGUGAGGAGACAAGUUUGGUAGAAGAGGACCUUGUAGCAGUGUCUUACAUGGGUGAUGAACUGGACCUGGAGACAGUAGGAGACAUCAUUGCCAUCAUAGAGGAAAAGGUCGAUGAUUCUGUGGAGGCUUUGGAUGCAGCCGCUGUGGAAGCCGCUCUGUCUCUGUGUGAAGAGGCAGUCUCAGAAGGACACACCCUCCCCGGACCCUGGGAGACCCAGGAACUGAAGCCUUCAGACCCCACACCAACAGUCCCAGAUCCAGACCCCACGCAGGAUCCUCACGACGUGGCCUCAAUGUCAGCCCCGGCCCAGGCCGUCUUAGAAACACAGAAUCAACCCGAUACUAAAAGAGAGGAACAGCACAAGGGAAACUGUGAUGGAGCUGAGGUGACAGGAUGUGACGUCACCUCCUCUGCAGCAUCUGAUGACGGUGCAACAGGAAAUGAAGUCACAGAAGAAGGAGCAGCAGGGAAGGAAGCCACUGAAACAACGGUGAAGAGUGAGGGAGAGGAGUGGAGCCAGCCCGAGCCCAACCCGCCUUGUUUAGACUCUGAGGACAGCUCUGUGUCUGGAAAAGAGUCAAAGGAGGUGAAGGAGGAGGAGGCGGGGAGCGAAGCUGACCCUGAGGAAGGGAUGGAGCUGAAGGAGGAGUGUGGGGAGGGAGAGGGUCCAUAUCUGUCAGAGGUGGAGAGGGCAGCCAGUGAGAGUGAAGACGGCUAUGGCCCGGCCUCCCAGCGCUACACAGCUGAUUCACUGGCCAGCAGCCCUGCAUCAUCCUCCCAGCUAUCUACAUGUGGUGAAGACCAGGAGGCUGUGCAGGCUCAGAAGAUCUGGAAGAAAGCCAUUAUGCUGGUGUGGAGAGCUGCGGCCAACCACAGGUAUGCAAGUGUAUUCCUGCAGCCUGUGUCAGAUGACAUUGCACCUGGUUACCAUAGCAUUGUACACAGACCCAUGGACCUUUCAGCCAUUAAGAAGAACAUCGAGUCCGGUGUGAUCCGGACGACGGCUGAGUUUCAGCGUGACAUCAUGCUGAUGUUUCAGAAUGCGGUCAUGUACAACUCGUCGGACCAUGACGUCUAUCACAUGGCUCUGGAGAUGCAGCGAGACGUCCUGGAGCAUGUCCAGCAGUUCCUCGCCACGCAGCUAAUCAUGCAGACCUCAGAGAGCGCCAUCUCCGCCAAGAGCCUCCGCGGCAGAGAGGGAACCCGUAAACCAGGAGAGCCAGCCGAGAAGGACAGUGUCCCAAUGGCCUCUCCUGCUUUCCUUCUCUCUCUCUUUGACGGAGGCACCAGGGGUCGCCGUAGUGCCAUGGAGGCCGACCUUAAAAUGAAGAAAUAGACUGGUGUUUCAGAGAACAAGCAGCUCAGACAAAGAGCUGCUGUUUCUAUCAGAGAAGGUGGAACUGAUUAAUGGUCACUCUGGUUGUGUUCUGAGAAGGACUGUCUGUGGUCCUGGUGUGUGCAUAUACACACUUACUCAUUCAUGUUUGUAGGAGAAGGUAUCUGAAGGAUUGUCUGAGUGACAGCACGCAUCAAGCUUCUUCUUCUUCUCCCUCCAAGUCCCCCCACCCCCGCACCCCCAAAGGUAUUUCACCAGCGACACCAGUAGUUCAUGAUUUCCCUCUGCUGAGACGUUUAAGAGAGAAAGCAUUUUCACCAGCAAAAAAUAUUAGUUUGGGAACAAGUGAUGAAGAGCACCUCAGCUCUUUUGUCAGACUUUAUGUUGAAACACAGAUGUAUCAAUACUAUGACUGUAUUUGUGCCAUAAAGAGACAGAGCGUCUUUCUCUCUGUUGUAGUAAAAUGAACCUUUUCUCUGUGGUUUUAGCCAAUUAACUGAAAGCUGCAUAUACAUGUCUGCUACUGUCUUCUGAAGUAAAUAUUCUUAGAUUUACCAAAUACCCUCAGAGAGCUUCCAUAAAUAAAGGAUACUGCAUUUAUGGAGGACAAGAAAUCUAAUUAAACUCCAGGCCUUUACAGGAAAUAAAUUGUCACUCACUGGUAAUUUGACAGUGUGGUGUUGUACUACAGCUCUAAGUACUUGAAAAAGUCUCUGUACUGGUGCAUUCAGGUACAAUAAAGUAUCUUAAAACUGUCAAAGUAUACUGAUAAUGGUUAGCAGUAAUGUAAAAUACAUGUGACUUAAUGGGCUAAAACAUUGUACGUGGGACUCGUUGCUGAAAUAGUGUUGAUGCAUCUUGAUAUUUCACUUAAGAUGUAGCCAGAAUGUGCAAAACGUGCAGUGUAAAUAGAAAAGACCUGUUUGUGUAAUGUGUAUUAGAUGGGAGUACAAACUAGAUUUUUGUACCUGUGUGAUGGGUCAUGUAGAGUUUUUUGUUUUUGUUUGCAUAGCUGAUACAUGUAUCAUGUUCUGUUGUACAUUUGUUAAAUAAAAGAUUAUUCUUUUCAGGUCAAACUUC